AUGAGUGAAAAUGAGGACGACUGGCUGGCUCUUAAACCCCAGGAACCUUCUCCAUCCCAGUGCUGCGGCAGUGGCUGCAAACCCUGCAUCUAUGAUGUGUACGAGAAGGAGCUUGCACAAUGGGAGAGGGCCAAAGCAAAGCGAGACAAAAGCCUCCUCAUGGAAAAGAAGGAGCAGAGCAAUAAUUCAGAACUGAAUCCAGAUACAUUUACUGCAUUCAACAUAAGCUCAGUGGAGCAGCUAACAGAGGACACCUACCAGUACAAAUUUGAAUUACCAGGAAAUAGCAGUCUGCGAUUGAGUUUAGGACAACAUAUCGUGUUAAGAGGAAUGGUGAAUGGUUUGGAGGUCCAACGAGCCUAUACUCCGAUUAGCCCAGGGAAUGCAGAAGGUUACUUUGAAGUUUUAAUGAAAUGCUAUGAAGCUGGGCUAAUGUCACAAUACAUAAAAACGUGGAAAAAAGGAGACACGGUCUUUUGGCGUGGACCGUUUGGAGGGUUCCCAUAUCAACCUAAUAAGCAUGGAGAACUCCUCAUGCUGGCGUCUGGUACCGGCCUGGCACCAAUGCUUCCCAUCCUGCAGUCCAUAACAAAUGAUGAAGAGGAUGAAACCUUUGUAACUCUUGUUGGCUGCUUCCGUACAUUUGACAGAAUUUAUUUGAAACCUCUUCUCCAGGAUCUGGCUCGAUACUGGAACAUCAGAAUAUUUUACGUCCUAAGCCAGGAAACGUCACUGGAAAAACUUCCUUGGAGCUAUCAGGAAAACACAUACACUGGUCGUCUCAAUGAAGACUUGGUGAAGACGAUAAUAAAUUCCUGUCGAAGAAAGCCAUUUGUAUUAAUCUGUGGCUCUUCUGCAUUCAAUGAAGAUAUGAGUAGAUAUUUGAAAGCUGCAGGAAUCGAAGAAAAUUCCUGUUUUGUCUUUUAGCAGGAUAUUUCUGACCUAAGGAAUCUUAGGCUGAGCCUUGGACGUCCUUGUUUCUCUGCAGACAUUGCUCGAACUCGGUCAUCUCCAUAGACCGAGUUCCUUAUGCAUAUACUUUCAUAGACCUUUGGGUCAAAUAUUUGUUUCCAGUAUGA